UGACAGACCGAUGAGACUGUUUUAAAUAGACUGUUGCUUCGUUUUCAACGUCUUUGUCACAGCGCCCGUGGUAAUUAGCUACUGUAGCGGACUAUUCUGACUCAAGGAAUGCUAGAUUAAGUGCUGUUGCAAAUGCACUUCUCGUGAACUUCUCUUUCUCGGCCAGUCUGUCUUCUCGGUUUGUUACCAUGACUGAGAAACGACGGUCCCCGUGUACUAUGAGCCUUAAAGCGCACGCAUUCUCGGUAGAAGCGCUUAUUGGGACGGAGAAAAAAAGAAAGCUGGAGGAGGACAAUGAAAACUGUUUCGAGGAGGAAAACGAGGGGUCGAACCUGACAGAAAGCCCGCAACCCCGGCCUGGGAGAACUUGUCCAAGCACCAGGAGCUGCGAGACAGACUGCGCAAGCGACGAAUCCCCGGAGUCUGAGGACGUGUUGUUGGAUAGCCCACAACCUGCAUCCCAAGGCUCGCAGGUCCUCGUGCAAUCAGCCACGAGCUCCGGGGAGGAGACGCGCGUGGACCUGCAGGGCUCAGACUUGUGGAAGCGAUUCCACGAGAUAGGAACUGAAAUGAUCAUCACCAAAGCCGGCAGGCGAAUGUUUCCCGCGAUGAGAGUUAAGAUUGCGGGACUGGAUCCUCAUCAACAGUAUUAUAUCGCUAUGGAUAUUGUUCCCGUCGACAACAAACGGUACAGGUACGUGUACCACAGCUCGAAGUGGAUGAUAACAAGACUGAAGAUCGACAGGAACCCUUUUGCAAAAGGAUUCAGAGACUCGGGAAGAAACAGGAUGGGACUAGAGGCUCUGGUUGAGUCGUAUGCGUUCUGGCGGCCCUCACUCAGAACUCUGACAUUUGAGGACAUCCCUGGAAUCACUAAACAAGGUGCAGCUGGCUCUCACGGUGUUGUUGGGUCUUCAACACACGCGCAUCUGCUGUCCUCAUCCUCAUGUUCUUCCCCUACAUUCCACCUGGGUUCCGGGGCGGGGCCAGUGUGUGAUUACUCCACCUGCAGUCGAACAAGCCACCCACUCCAUCGCUACGCCCCUCCCCUCUCUGCAGACUCCUACAGUCGAUUGGCCAGCCCAGCAGCAGAUGCGUUUUCCACUACUCGGAGCUCCACGUAUGUGAGCGGGACUGAAGGUGAAGCUUUCUCGUGCACACAGACUGGCCUGCCAAUCCAGAUCCACAGCAUGCCAAGCACAACCUCCCAGCUACAGUACCUAAUGCCCAGCCACACCCAUAAUGCAUUUUCCACCAAUCAGAGCACACAGGGUUCCUAUAACGGAUUCCGCCUGCACAGCCCGUAUGGUCUCUAUGGUUACAACUUCUCCACUUCUCCUCGCCUGGCCACCAGCCCUGAAAAGACAGCAGCUACGCAAAGUUCAUUCCUUGGCUCCUCCCCUAGCGGGACACUGACGGACAGGCAGGUUCUAUCCACUGUGGACAGUCUGCACAUGCUCAGCAGUAGUCAACAGAAUAUUUUUGACUCACGGACUUUGGGGUUGACAAGCUCCACCUCCCAGGUGACAGCCCACAUGGCUUGACCUGCAUCCCAAAAACUUUGACGGACUUCAAACUCAGCUAAGAAUGUUUUCUUUGAGUAUAAACUACUUUAGAGGACUAGUCAAUAGUAUAAUUUAUAAUCUGCUGGAGGUUCAUCACUCUCGCAAGAGUUGAGAGAAGGACAUACUGCGAUGAAAAGGAAAGGAGACAUAUCAAAAUGUAAAUAACUGAGAGAAAUCUGCAAUAUCAUUUAUGUUUUUCUGUAAAUGACAGCUGAAGAUCACAUUGAGGAUAUUUUUAAACAGCCUUUAUAUCUUAAAAAUCAUUCUGAUGAAGCAGCACAGACCAUUUUUGGACACUAGGGUAUGGAAAUGCCUGAAGAAUAACGUGGGAAGGCCAGAAAAUACUUUACAGACACAGUUUCACGGCAUAAAAGGAUAUCAACCAUCAGAUCUCAUCAAGGUUCAAUGAGACCCCUGAACUGCUGGUAGAAGUGUGAGGAGUUUAACAGAUGACUUUUGUGAGGCUGGACUCAGCGUCUUAUGGACAAUAAAACCGAGUUUGGCCCUUAAAAGUGAGCAGACUGGAAAAAAAGACAGGAAGUGAUGUCACAAACACAGGCUGCAAUGACAUUGCUUUUAACUACAUAGUUUGCAAGGUGACAAUCAGCAGGUAACUGUCACUCUGGGCAAACGUCUUGUUUGUGCUGAGGUUUUAAGCACAUCCAAUCAGCAUCUAUGGCAGAUAAUGUGGUUUAAUAUGAAACUGGACGAAGAAAAAGGAAACGUGGGCUAGUGUUUACAAAUUCUCUCCAAGUCAAAGGGUUUUGGCCUGGAUCAGCACUGCUGUCCGAGUCUUGGAACAGACAGGGCUGAAUGAAAUCUGAUCUGAGAUGAUAAUUCUCACACUUUAUAAAUAAAACCAUUGGCAUUCUUCAGAAAGAUUAUAGUCCUGCCACGAGAUACAUGCUGAUUCCAGGUCAGCUGUCUCGCUCUCAAUCCAAGGACUGAAAAGAACGCUUUUCCCUUGCCGACAUGUUAGAUUUUGCUAAUUUACUUGUAAAAAAUUUAAUUUUUCACAAAUAUGGAGAAUAUGAAUAUUAUUGAUACUAUGUAAAGAUUUCACUUGCACUUACGGCAAUUUUAAAUACUUGCUUUUUCAUAUUCAGGCUUUUUUGCCAGAGUGGCCACAAUAGACACUUCCUCCAUGUUUGACUCUUGUUGGCCUGAGAAUUAGAAAACCCUUUGAGCCA